ACGGUGACUAUCCAGACCGGGAAGUUCAUGACCAACAGACUACUUCAGUGGAAACAAUUGGUCAUUGAUGUCCUUCACCCUGGCAAAGCAACAGUAUCCAAGACAGAAAUUCUGGAAAAACUAGCCAAAAUGUAUAAGAUCACACAAAAUGUCAUCUUUGUGUUUGGAUUCAGAACCCAUUUUGGUGGUAGCAAGACAACUGGCUUUGGCAUGAUUUAUGAUUCCUUGGAUUAUGCAAAGAAAAAUGAAACCAAACACAGACUCGCAAGACAUGGCCUAUACAAGAAGAAGAAGACCUUUAGAAAACAGAGAAAGGAAGAUAAGAACAGAAUGGAGAAUGUCAAGGGGACUGCAAAGGCCAAUGUUGGUCCAGACAGAAAGUGA